AUGCACUGCCCAGCGUUUCACCAGUUCCUAAACCAACACCGGCAUAAACUGCUUCCUCUUUAUCUGUCUGACACCUGUCUUCUGUAUAUUUUCCCCAUGGAUGAUCCAGGAGUUGAUGACCCCAGCCUUCAGAAUGCUAUAGAACACACAGAGCGGUCACCUCUUUGUCUUCCUUUUUUAUUAAGAACCUUUUCUUUCUUUCUUUACUUUAUUCCUUUGUUUUUAGGUUUUUUUUCGCUUUACGAAGUCUUUCUUUCUUUCUUUCUUUCUUUUAUGCCCUUAGCCUUUUCCCUUUGGUUCCAAUCUUUCUUUUUUUUAUUUUUGGCCUUUUUUUUAUUUCUUUCUUUCGAAUUCUUUCUUUCCUCCUUUUUUCUUUCUUUCUUUUAUGCCCUUGACCUUUUCCCCUUGGUUCCAAGUCUUCAUUUUUUUUAUUUUUGGCUUUUUUUUCUUUCUUUCGAAUUCUUUCUUUCUUUCUUUCUUUCUUUCUUUCUUUCUUUCUUUCAAAUUCUUUCUUUCCUUCUUUUUUCUUUCCCUUCCUUUGAAUUCUUUUCUCUUUUUAGGCUUAUUUUUCUGGGGUUUUUUUUUGUUUUUCUUUAA